AUGAGCUUAGAUCAACGAAUAGCAUUAACCGUUAUUGAAGAACCACAAAUUAUUAAUUUUAUCGAACCAGAUGGAACAGAAAAUGUCAAAGAACCAGAAAAUGAAAUAAAAGACUUCUUAAAAAUCUGGGAACAAGCAAAUAUGAACCUUGAAAAUCUCGAAAAAAUCAUCCGAAGAGACAACGACAACCAAAAUAUUCAAAUUAUGCAGAAAAUUGGUUCUUCUAAAUUCCAUCUUUUCGUUGCAAGACAAGCUUUGCUCAAUACACUUGAAGUUUUAAAGAGUAUCGAUAUCCUUGCAGAUAAGGGUAAGGAUUUCUACACAAUUAACCAUACAGAAUAUUCAAAUACCCAGUCAGAUGAAAAAAUUGAACUCAAUAUUGGAGGUUUAAUCCUAGAUAAACAGCUCCAGUUACAAAAUUCAGCUGAAAGAUUAGCUAAAACAGCCGAAGAACUCUCAGAAGUUGUUCAAAAUUCAAAAAUUUACUAUAGAAAAUUAGAAGAUGCGCAUAAAAAGUAUAAACUUCAAACAUAUUACGAUAAAGCUACUAUGAUGAGUAUUAUAGGUCUAGUCAACCCAAUAAAAGUCCCUCCAACAUCGUCAGCGAUGCUUAUUCAACUAGAUAAAGAAAAGAAGGAAGUAGAAUGGAAUUUUUCGAACAACCUUAGACUAGCAGUUAACGGGUAUCACUACGAACCUAAUACAGACAUUCCUUUCGUUAAUUUGACCGCAGUUAUGCUUCAAGAAAAUCUUUUCCGUCAUUUACAAAAAGAAGGCUGCGAACAGAACUUUAACUACCUCAUAAAUGAAAGUUCUAUGAGAAUCCCCGUUAAAGGACUCAAAGGAGAAAUUAUUAAUUUUGAUUUCACUGUAGAAUCCGAAAAAGGCACUCUUACACCAGUCUGGCUGCCAGCACUAGUAAAGUCCUCCAUUCCGAUCUACUCAACUCCCCUUUCCAGCUUCACAUCCUCGAUGAAAACUGCUGAUUUGACAUUUUUCCUGUUUGAAUUCAUUACAAAGCGAUUUUCCGCAAUAGACAUCUGCACAGUCAACACAUUGUUCUCAAACAAACACGCAAUUUUCAAGAUUUCCUCAUUAUUUACUUCUGAUGUCGCCACGGCCAUCGCUGCUGAAGAUUGCAUCAUCCUUUCGACACCAACACACAUGAAGCUGCCAAUCCGAAUCGAAAUGAAGGAAGCAAAGGAAGAUCAUAAAUUAAACCACUGGGCAGACGUUACAUGGUUCCUUUUAUUCAAGGAUGCAGUUAAUACUUAUACUAGAACAUUCGGAUUCCCUGUUGAAGACUUAAAGAACAAGUUUAUCGUAAAAUGUGACGAUAGAACUGUAGAGUUCGAAGCAACUCACUUUACAAACGAAGCAUAUGUUUCUAUAUCGAUGGGAAGUAUUCAACAGCAGUUCUUGUGGUCAAAUGCUAGAGGUUACUCGCUUCAGGCAAAAUUGAACUUCUUAUUCUUUGCCGACAUCGCUGGAUGA